AUGAGCAAAGGGAAAUCUUUAGGUGAGUAUGAAAAAGGACAGAUUGAUGCUUAUAAUUUAUCAGGCAAAAAUAUUAAGCAAAUUGGUAUAGUGUUGGGGAGAAGCAGAAUUACAACUAGAAAUUACCCGACCUCAAAGAAUUUUAUUAAAAGUAGUAAUAAAAAAGGCAUGAAAAAGGGCACCUUCUUUUAG